AUGCGCUUGCAGGUGGAAGUGGAUGAUAACGGGAGGAUCGUUGAUGCUCGCUUCAAAACCUUUGGCUGCGGGUCGGCGAUCGCGUCAAGCUCGCUGGCGACGGAGUGGGUCAAAGGGAAGACGGUUGACGAAGCGCUGAAGAUCAAGAACACGGACAUCGCUAAGGAGCUCUGCCUUCCUCCCGUCAAGCUGCACUGCUCCAUGUUGGCCGAAGACGCGAUCCGGGCGGCCUUGGCUGAUUACAAGUUGAAGCAAGAUCCCAACAAAGAGGAGUCGGAGAAGGCGACAAACAACGCCUAA